AUGAUUCAAGACGCGCAGGCCAACGAUCCCUUGGAUCCGCGGCAAGCAGCCCGGAAGGUGGACAAACUAUUCCAUGACUGGGAAGAGCGGGAUCCGGAUGAGUUCUAUAAGUAUGCUCGUCGAGAAGUGUUUUUCCUACAAAUUGGAGUUCCAAAGAUUGUGUGCAGUCCUAAGGGCGAUGACGAGACAGUUGUAACACGCCUGGUCGACUUCCUGGAAGCCUUGACCCAGCUACCAGAGAGGGAGUUUCUGGACAAAGUAUACAAAGGACCGUCGUCGAGCGAUGUGUAUAAAAAAUACUAUUUCAAAUCAUUCGCCUCGAUCCAGAAACCUAUACCGACAUGGGGACCGACGCGACAAGACGCACUCAACACCUAUAUUCUCACCGCGCAACUGAUCGAACGAGGACUGUUGGAGGACACUUACCGCCCGCUUGAUUUGCUCAGAUGGGCUUUAAAAUCCAAUCAAUGGGAUGAAGUCGAUUGGAGUGAUUGGGAAACCCACUAUAGUGACGACGGGAUGGAGGAGGAGGAGGAGGAGGAGGAGGAUGAUGAUGAUGAUGAAGACAUGCCGGAUAUAGAUUUUGCUGUUGCCAUCGCGCACGCAUAUAUCGUCCAUGCAGGAAUCACAAUCUAUACGAGAUAUCCACCUCUGCCGUUACACGAGGCACGAAAAAAUGUAUAUGCGAGAGCCAGGCUAGAACGCCAGCGGGCGCCUGGUCCUUUUUACAGUGAGGCCUGUGAAACAGGGGGAAAGCCUGGCUACAGCAUAGAACGUUGGCGGUUCUGGAAACAGCAAAUCACUGAACUAGGAUUGCAAGCAUCACCAGAAUGCUUAACCCUCGCUACGGAAGCAGUCGCUAGGAGGAACGAGAUCGAAGUGCGAUAUGAUCCUCCAGUGCAAUAUAAUCCUCGCAGAAAGAUAUCUCGGGCCAUAAACAACCAGGUUUGCUUCCCUUUGGGCGAAGUCAGCAUUGAACCAGAGCCGCCUACUUCCUCAUCUCAGGAAGGCCAGGGAGAGGCAUGGACCAUCCUUUGA